CCAACCCAGUCUCCUGCUACUGCGUAUCUAUACUACGAGUUUGCAUUUUCAUUCGGCGUAGUAUUUACACGCCAAAGUCACAUUUGGCGUAUAUAUGGUACGCAAAACCCUCCCGUUAAACUUCCAUUGAUAGAAAAUGCGUAUGUAUUGCACGCAGAAAUUUAUUAUAGUCAACGUCAUCAUCAUCGUCCCGCCCCUUCAAUCGAACGAAGAUUCACGAUUUCAUCUCGUGCAGGUGCCGAAGCAGCAUAUGCAGAAAUAUUGAUUUAGAAUGCUUAUUUAGAAUAUAUAUAUAUUUUUUUACAGAAACUUAUUGUAGGCUAUAUAACUUACUCAUCAUCUCUAGUGGGGACGAAUGUUGCUACUACAUAAUACAGUUUAAUUCUAAACAAUCCCCGACGGGGAAAGAAAAAUGCUUGCAGAAGCAUCAUUAAUUCAAUGUGAAUUAAUUAUAUGUCUGCUUUAUUUAAUCUGCUCUCUGCUUUUCUUUCUUUUUUUCUUUUUUUGCUUGUUUAAUGUUACACGAAUUUUUGUUUCUUUGUUUGUGAUUGUAUUUGUAAUAGUAAAAGUAUUAAUAAUAAAUAAAUAAAUAAAUAAAUAAAUAUAAAAAGUGUAUUGCCAUGAUUUUUAGUCCUUCGCUGUUUCAGGAACCACCCACUCCCGCUUGGAAACCAAUCAAAUGUUUGAACAUUUUUUAGCGCCAUCAUCAAUGUCCCGCCUCCUCAUCGUGCGACCUCGUGCAUCAUCAUCAAAGUCGUCAAUCAUCAGAAUACCCAAAAUGUCCACAGGCUCUUUAGAAGCAGCACUUGUUCUUGGAGAUGUGUUUCUUGAUCAGAUACAGAAAGAAGAAAAAAAGCAAGCCAAGAGGUCUAAGCCACAUCCUACGACUGUGAAGUGGAGGCAAAGGGACAGAAAUGGGAAUGUUAUACGGCCGCUUCGAAAAAAAACCUCAAUAAAACAAAAACUGAAAAGAAAGGCUCCUAACCACGGUCCCACCAGUGUGCCCAUCCAAGAGGAAUUUGUUUAUCGAGCAGAAACUGCCUCACUCAUUGAAGAAUUGGAGCAUAUCCUUAAUGACGAAUGUGUUCAGCCUGAAGAGGUGUCUUUGGCAACAUCCUGGCAAAAGAGGCAAUCCCUAAGCCAUGAAAGAUGGCACAUUGCAAGGGAGGCCAUGGUUAAGAAUCUUUUGGCAGCUGAAUAUGUUCAGGAACGCAUCUGCCAACACUGUCUUACUGCAGAGGCCAUUGUACGGUGCAGGGACUGUCUACCUAGGCAGUUUCUAUGCACCGUGUGUGAUGGAGAUGUUCAUCAGCACCUACCUCUCCAUAACAGAGACUCUAUGGCCCAUGGGUUCUUCAAGCCAUUGUGUCCAACCACUGCAGUGAAGAGACAUUCCGAGGCCAUUGAGUUCUCUGAACAGGUUCGAUAUCUUCCACUACUUUUGCCAGAGAAAAUUUGUGCCUGUUCAGAAAGUUCCUGCAGGUUGAUCAGUGGCAAGCCCAUUAUUGUAAUAAAUUUUAAUGGACGGUACAAUCUCACCCUUCCAUCACUGGAGACCUCAUGCUGUGGGAAAACAUGGUCAGUGGGGCUCAGUGAUCUCCUCAAGUCUGGGUACUGGCCAGCCUCUAUACAUUUUGAGACCGUGUAUGAGGCUGGCCUUUUUAGGUCUUUUCUGGAUUUAAAACUUUUUGCUCCAGGUCUUUCACGUCAAGCGUUCCUUGGAAUGCUUGACCGGAGAACAGAGUACAAUGGCAGGGUAAAUAUUGUUAUUCAGUGUAUAUUGUUAACAUGAUGUUUGUUCUUUAAAGCGAUUGAUUGGUUUGGUUAUUUCAACAGAGUGGUAAAAUAUGUGGAGACACAUUCCAGAAAGCCUUGCUGGAGUGGACCUUUGCCCAGCAUGAGGUUGAGAGGCUUUGUGGUGUACAGCCAUUUAAAUGUCCUGCUUGCAGUCCUUCCAUGCAUGCCAUCUCAGUGGAUGGUAACAGGAAGCUGUACAGGUUCCAUAAUGCACAUGGCACAGAGAAGGGCUACUUCGAUGGGACAUUUAUAAUGAAGGAUGAAGAUGUUUCAUCCUUUGUGGGAUAUGUUCAUGAAAAGACCAAGCAUGCCACAGGUAAAGGGGUGUGUGGCUCUUCUCAAUGGACAGCAGCCAAGGAGUCUGCAAAAAAGUCGACAUCAAAGAUUGAUGAGGAAGGCCUUGAGAUUGCUGUGUGCCAACAUGGAGGACUUUUAAAAGGCCUAAAUAUGUUCAGAGGGGAAAUAUUUGCUUAUCCCCUGUUCCUUCAAAACACCCUCUCAAAAGAAAAUGUGUCAUUCUUCUGCUCAGAUGUCGCCUGCAAGUACUGGCCAUACUUAAAGAGAGUGGUGGGACACUGUCCAGAGCUAAGGCCUUUAUUAAAUAUGCGCCCACUAUUAUCAGUUAUGCAUGCCAAAGCACAUGAGUGGAGUUGUGAGAUAAAAUGGUCUGGAAGAAACCAAGAGGGAGCUGGUCUUACAAUUGGAGAAGAGGUGGAGCAAGUCAACUCCUUCUUGUCGAGAGCUGCAAUUUGCACUAAAUACAUGUCCAAAGCUGCACGUUCAGACAUGCUCACUGUUCUUGCUUCUGCAUGGAACAAACGGAAGUCUGAAAAUCUGGCCAAAUGUUUGUCUCAAAGAUACAUUAAGACAACCGAAAGGCUGAAAGUGGAAAGAGAGAGCUUUGAAAGUCUGCAGGCUGAGCUUAAUGUCAGUGAUGAUGACAUUCAGCAGUGGGUCAGUGAUGUCCAGCAGUGGGCCACAGUAUCAAGUGCAAAGGAGGACACUGGACUUGAGGGCAGAAUUCGAGGCCUUUAUGUCAGCAUAAAGCUGAGAAAAAUGAAUCUAUACCGUCAGACAGAUAGCAACAAGAGAAGGCACAAAAUAAGGAGGAAAAUUAAUGAAGACAAGUCAACCUUGGCAGCUGCCAUUAAGGACUUCAAUGAACAGUCAGUCCACCAGCUUCCUUCCGUGGAUGAACUGCUCACAGCUGAUCAUUUCCAAUGGCCAUGGGAAUGCCCUGACACUAGUAAUGGCAACCUCUCAACUAAGAAGAUGGUCUUUGACCGGUUCAUGAUGCUUUCCCGACUGAAGGAGGAGGAGCAGAUCAUAGUGACGGAGGUGAAGCAACACUGGCGAUCAUUGAAGGAAGCUGAAUGUUCCCUGAGGGAUCUCUCAGUUCAAAUACAAACUAACAACAGUGACUUUGAGCUUUCAGAGGAGAGUGCCAAUGGACUACUGUGCCUUCUCAAGAGAAAACUGGAAGACCUUCAGUUUCUGCAAAAUAAUGCUAGGAUGUUAUACCGACAAUGUGUUCUGGGACAGGCUUCGGACAGCAUUCUAUUUGAUAACAUUUCCGAUGAAGAAACUGAGGCAAUAAACUACAGCUCUGAUGAAACAGACAGUGAUGAGGACUAAACCUGAGUAUAUAGAAUAGACAGAUACUGAAGAACUAUUUUAAUAAGCUGUAUUUCUUUUUUUUUUUUUUCACUGUGAGAAACAUUUUAGCAUAUUAACAGAAUCUAUUUAAUAUUUUCCCAUCCUAAUGGAAAUGAGAUUAAGGUUCAGCAGUACAAGUUUUGACUAUUAUUUUUGAAUCUUUAAAUGUGUAUGUAAGACAGGUGUUUCACUCCACGCAUUUUUAUAGUCUUAUAAACAGCCAUACAACCUCCAUCCCUAUUAAUUAUAUUCUAUUAUUUCCAUUUUCCUUAGCUCUCAUGGGAUCAUACAGUGUAUAUCUGUGAGGGGUGUUUUGCAGUGUGUACAUAUCUUAUAUUGAUAGAAAGUAUAUAAGGAUACAUAACGUUUUCACCUAAUAAUUUUUUUUCCUUACUGUAAGCAAAAUAAAAUACUUGUACAGUGAUCUACAAAAACAGUCUUGUCUUUUUAUCUCCUCUCUGUUCAGGCAGGUUUUGCAUGUGAUGUGCAGAUAAUUCUGCAGUAUAUUCUCUUUUGACUAAUACAUACUGUUCUGAUAAAUACUAUGACAUAGUCAGUGCAGUUCUUACAAAUUGUAUUCUGUUACUAACUCCAAAUUACAUGACAAAUUGUAUCCAUUACAUUACACAUUUAAGGUAAUAGACUAUGAUUUGUAUUUGAUAUGUUUAUCUGCAUGUCAUGUGACCAUUAAUGUACAUCAGAGAAUAAAACUUAUUAUUAUUUUAUUUUUGACCUAACAACUAAAAAUCUCAGGGCUUACUUCAAGUAAAAUUAUUAGUAGGUCAAAGAGGUUCAUCUGACAAAAAUUGUGGAGAAACACUGCAUUGCAUGUUAAUAUGAAAUGACGUGAAUUUGUACAUUUUAGUGUGUUUAAAAGACAAAAGCCUUCCAAGGACAGUGAUACAUGGUUAACUGACUCAGUGUUAUUCAAUUAACAAACACUUAAAAUGAUUUCUGUAAAUCCAGUGAUCAAAUGCUGUGUUUGGCAUGAGUUUUUUAGAGAUAGACACAUGACUAGUGGUUAAACUGUGAGUGCUAUUCCACAAAUUAAUUUUUUUUAGAAAGGAAUUUUAAAAGAUAAAAAAGAAGUAGGGAGAAUGUUUUAUAUAUAUAUAUUUACUGCCAUUGUGAGAUUAACAUGUAAUCAUGUAAUCAAUAAAACAAAACAAAAAAACCUAUAGUCUGAUUAUGAGUAUUUAAAAUGUAACAAUCUAAUUACAAGUACUUCAUUUUUGGAAUCUGAUUACAUAAUCCAGAUUACAUGUAAUUAGUUACUACCCAACAAUCAACAAUGAUUAUACAAUGUAGAAUUGCAUUUUAGGUAAUAGUCUGAAUAUAGUUGUCUUAUGCCACAAUUCAGAAUCUUGAAUUAGCAUUUUAUUAAUAAUGUCUUGGGUUAGGGUUAGGGUUAGGGUUAGAGCUGUCCUAAUGCAAGUAACCAAGAAAAUGUAAAAAUUCACCCAGAAUGUGGACUAUUUUAUCAGUGUUUUUAAAUACAUCAACCCACCUGAUUUUCAUGUUGUAUGCUAUAAUGUAAUCAAUCAAUGCUAAAAUUAGUACUAAAUCAGCAUGUCAAGACCAGUUGUGUUCAUUUGAAGUAUUACUGAUUAUAUUACAGUGAUUGGUUAUUAAAUUAUAAAGUACAAUGACACUCUUUUGUUGGUCCUUUUGACAUGAAGAAUGAGAAAGCAUGAGUUAAGUAUUACAAGUAAGGCCCAACACUGGAUAAGGAUGUGUAAUAGUGCAAUGAAGUGUCACAAUAUGUAUUGGUUGUUUAAAUUGGUGUCUUUGUUUACUGUAAACACUGUAUUCUUGUUCUUGAUCUAAUUAAAUAAACGGAAGCCCAUUCCAAAUGGGCAUUUAUGAUGA